AUGCCGCCAGAAAUUACAGCACUGAUCCAAGAAUGCACCAGAGGAUCAACCAAGGCUUCGUCAUACCGUUCUCGCUUGGGGUUGCUAAACGAGUUCACCGACCCCACACAGCGAGGAAGACCAGGAUUCAAGUCGAAUCCUACCAUUCAUGAAUUUUGGAUAGCCACGAAUGACAAGGUCCACGCAAUCGCGCUGCUUUACAAGUCAAGAAACGCCAUCCGUGAAGCACUUAUCGACCAGCGUAUCACUCUGGACGGAACUGUUAACGAGUGCCUCGAGGGAGCUGGGCAUAAGAUAUGGAACGAUGGAGGGGAAUCAGAGUUCCUCACUACUCCUGAUGUCACUGGGGCGCUCAGUGAAGCCCUUGACGCCGAGUGUGCUCCCAAAUUCAAGAACGGUUCAGAGUUCGCCGAGAACGGAUAUCCGAGACACCUCAUCUAUGGAGACCCUAAUGAUCGGUACAAGAUUCGACUAAACGUGUUCGGCUAUAUCAUCCAACGCGCCUGUCGUAAGGCCGAAGAUGACAGACGCGAAGGGAAAGCCUUUCAGAACGCGCCCGAAACCGACGAGCCCACACCGCCAACAAGCUUCAUGGACGCCGUACGAGUCGGUAACUCCAGGUGUAUCCGCAGCAUGUCGCCAUCGUCUGAUAGCAGUACGGAUGAGCUCGCUCGCUUUUCUUCGACUACCUUUUCAAACUGUUCCAAACCAAAAGAAUAUCCCAAUGUCCCAGCCUCAAAGAUCCGAUCAUUGAGAAAACCAUCUUCCACAAAGCAUGACAUUAUACGAAGCCGUCCCAGACACGGUGUUUCAGUGGUGAUACCUUCAAACAGGCGUGCGGGUACUCGAAUCUCAGCUUUGGAAAACAGCCAGCGUAAACAGAGCGGAUCACGAGUCGGCAGCAACACAGCCGUGGGGUCUACACCAUCACACAAAAGAGGUACGCCAAGGAGAGAGCCCCAAGUCUCCAGUCCACGCUAUAUGACAGCACAUCAUAUGACCGCAGCGAAAGCCGCUGAACCAUCCGCCAAAGACAGGGCCAAUUUGACAAAGAACACUGUUGGGUCCCAGUUGCUUCGGGAUCGGGGUGAGCUGGGGAUCCAGCUCCUUGUCCUUCUCGAAUCACGCAACCCUGGACGCCAAGAUAUUGCAAAAAUGCAGAAGGUUGUGGGACACGUCGACAUGAUGGCUGUGAAAUACACCGACGAGCUCAGGAAGGGACUGGACAGCAGCGAGUACGAGAAGUACAAAGGAGCUCUGGACAAAUGGCUAGCAUGCAUGAGAACACUUGUCGAGUUCCGCGAGGCUACUGGUCUUUCUGGCGAUGGUCAAGCCAUACUGGGCGGCUUCAGAGCCCUUCCACUGGGGAAGAAGAAAGCACGACGUCCCUACUCCAAAAUGGCUCAAGAGAUCCGAGAAUGGCGUGAGUCUGAUGGCAUGACGCUCCCCGUAUUUUGUAAAGAGGUGGGUUCCAUACUCUUGAAGAUGGCUAGCUUUGCCCCGUUGCGCAUGGAGUCAGACUUCGGUAUGGAGCUAGAUGAGCUUCUUGUAGAUCUGAUACCUUUCACGAAGCACCUGAUGGAAUGCUUCCUGGCUACAUCACCCAAUUCCUGA